AUGGACAGACUUCACAAAAUCGGUGCUGAUGUGACAGUGAAAGCUGAUGAGAAAGAAGAAAAGAGGAUUGGAGACAACCAUUCAUUAAAUAUUUGCAAACUCAAGGAUUACCAGAAGACAGUUCUACUACAAACUAAACUCUGCUUCAGCCCUCCUCCAAUGGCUUCCAACUCUUCUGUCUUAUCCUCAAACUUUUCACCGACUGAAGUUUUUGAUGACAUAUAUUUUGAGUUUGAUGACUCUUUUGUCUCUGAGGAAACAUUCAGUGAAAAUCAGCAGCUGGUUUCUCAGUAUCAGCGAGGUACCAUCUUGCAUCAUGUAAAUGAUUGUGGAAGCAGAAAUACUAACAUGCAGCAGAGUAAUCAGAGGCUCAAAAAAACUAAAGUUUCGUUUAAAACAAAAUCGGACCGUGAUGUUCUGGAUGAUGGCUAUAAGUGGAGGAAAUAUGGAAAGAAAAUGGUUAAAAGCAGCUCAAAUCCAAGGAAUUACUAUCGGUGCUCGAUGGAAGGCUGCAAUGUAAAGAAGAGGAUAGAAAGAAUGGAGGAAGAUUCCGGCUACGUCAUUACAAGCUAUGAAGGCAUCCAUAAUCACUAUGCUCUCAAUCAGCACGACUACAGUGGGACGUAGAACAAAUAUUAUUAUUAUGAUAUAGUGUGUAAAUGUUAGAAUUUAUAUGUUACUUUAAGUAAUCUCAAUGUAAAAUUAAGAAUUUGAUUGAGUAAGGUAUUGAAUUGUAAAAAAGAAAAAAAGAAAUGAGAUUG